AGCAGAUGUCGCGUUAGGUCGUUAACCCUUUUAAAAAUGUCCUUCGAUCGGCGAAAUGUAUGUCACAAGUUGAUUUAUUUUUAACAAAAAAACAACGGGGCAAAUACAAUAUAUAAAUGGCAAAGGGUUGAAUCAUAUAAUAAUUUGAACAAUGUCGAUUGUUUGCAAGGAGAUUUUCGACGAGGCCAGUCAUCCCUCAGUAGAAGAAGUUCGUGAUUAUGCUAUUAAAAUCGGUAUAGAUCCCGAUUCGGAGCCCCAACUCCUGCCCUUAGCCACUGAGGGCCUUAUGAAAGCCCUGCCAGCCAAUUGGAAACCUUGUUACGACGACAAAUCAAAAUCCUACUACUACUACAACCAAAUAACGAAAAAAACGCAAUGGGAACACCCGUUGGACGAUAUCUAUCGCAACAUCGUCCAAAAAGUCCGAGCGGACAGCCAAUCAUAUUCCAUAAACGAACCAACCGAAGAUGCAACAUAUGCCAAAGAAGACGAACUGAAAAGUUACGAAGAAGAAGUGGUGGGCAAAAUGAUUCGUUUGUCACCGCUGAAACAUGACUCCAAACUCCUUAAACAACGUUCAGAAGACAUUCUGAUUGGUAGCAACAAGUUUUUGCACAAAUUCAGCAGCUUUGAUGAAGAGAGCAAAUUUGAUCGACAUCCUAGAGCAAUGGAAAAAAUGGAGCUUAAAGUUACUGGAGGUGGAGCAAUGUUUCUUAAGUCCAACACAAGAAAAACUGAGCCUAUCAGUAGUCCUGGACAAAAAAGUGAAGCUUUGGAUUUGCCCAAAAGUAUUUUACGAGAUAGAAGUGUUGAGCAUUCAAAAAGCAUGGAAUUUGAUAAGGUUUCACUUAAUGAUGACGACGAUAGGAAAAGUGUGAGGUUUAAUUUGGAUAACAAUCUAACUGAUUUGGGUAUAACAUUUUCAGACAAAAGUACCAGCGAUGAUGAUUUGAAUAUAAGCGACAAACCAUUAUUGAUAAAUAAUAGAUUUUCAGUUACUGCUGUAGUUGAAAAUAAUCCUUCUAAAAAACUCAUUAAAGUACCACCAAAAUUGACUAUAAAUGCUGGAUCAGAUUCGGAAGAAGACACUAAAAGCUUGGAAAAAUUAAUUAAUAAUGAUGAUGAUUCUAGUCCUGAUGAAAAUCUAAUUGACAAGAAACUUGCUUCAAUCAAACAAAAACUCUGGCAAGAAAAAAACGAAGAACUAGCCAGCUUCAAGUCGAAACUAGAAGAGUCUCACAAAUACGAGUUAGAUAGGAUUUUAGACGAAGAAAAGUCAAAUUUAAAGACUGAAUUGGAUAUAAGGACCAAAGAAGAAAGACUGAAUUACGAUAAGAAAAUUGCAGAAUUUACAAGCGAAAUGGAAAACAAGUUGCAACUUGAGCAAGCUAGAAUCAAGGAGCAUUAUGAGACAAAAAAAGAAGAAUUAGAAAAGUAUUACGAAGACAAAUUGGUUGAAAUUGAAAAGAAUUUAGCUGACAGGGUUGAAAAACAAAAGGAGGAAAUAGUUUUCAACCACAACUCCGAUUUGGAGCAGUUAAGGCAAAAUCACUCAAUCAUAAUGGAUGAAAUCAAGCGGGAAUUUAAAAUUGAAGAGCAAAUAUUGAAGCAAAAGCAUCAGGUUGAAAUGCUUAAGCUCAGAAGCAAGGAAACUGAGCAAGAGGAUCGGCAAUUUGAGAAAUUACGAUGCGAAAAGAGGCUUCUGGAAGACAAAUAUCGGUGUUUGAAAGAGAAAUAUUUAAGGUUGAAAACCGAAGUCAAGUUGUCUUUGGAAAAAAGAAGUCGUAGGAAGGAUCAGCAUAGUACUAACACUACAGCUACUAAUACUACAGGGUCUGAGACUGAGCAAAGUCAUUCGAAUAAUAAAGACAGAACUCCUUUAAACUCUCCAACAAAAAAGGUUUCGGAAAAACCACCCACACCAGGUCAAUCGGGUACUAAGCCCGAAGUAGUACGUAAAAUUGCAAUUCAAGACUUGGACACUUCAGUAAGCGACAAUUGCUAUCAAAGCGAGAACCAAAACGAUUCAUCUGACAGCACGAAUCCAGGCCGGAGCAGGAAAAAGCUAUUUUCCAGACUGAAAAGCUCCUCCACUUCUAGAAUCAAUUUGAACUCAUCAAAAACCCGUAAAAACCAGCAAAGAUCUUGUUCGCCUGUUGAAAAUCUACGCAAACAGUUGCAAAAACUCGAAGACUUGGAAGACCAGUUUCCGCAAAACUCCCAAGCAGACACCUACCACUUGCGCUACCCAUUUUCCGACGGGCAAAAGUUCGAGGGCAGCUCCGAACUAGAAUUUUUCCGGCACCGGAUCCAUUUAGAACGAGACUCUAUUAAAAGAGCCAAAGAGAGUCUCAGGAGCCAAAAGGCUUUGUUUCAACAAAGGCAAAAAGAGCUGAAACUUAAACACGGAUCAAUGGCCAGGCAUACUUUGCAGCAACUUUGUCAAGAGGAAAAAGACCUCACUGACAUGGAGGUCAACUUGCACCGGACUCGGAGUCUUUUAGGCGAAAAGGUUAUAAGGUUGCGACAUUUGGAACAAUCCCUGCAUAGGGCCAAUACGCAAAACGAUGAUGCCACUUUGAGCGAUUUGUCUUCACACAGUGCAAGUUCUGGAAUCAGUUCCACCGAGUUUGUACCACUGGAAGGCAAAUCGGUUGCUAAAAGUGACUUUCAAGAACCAUCGGAAAUAAUCCAAAGCUUGGAGAAUUUGAAUUUGGAAAUUCGAGAAAUUUGGGACGUUUUGCGGACAACCAGUAUUACUCAAGUGAUUCCUCCUUUGGUGUAUCCAGAUUUGGGUUGGCCAGUGUUGGCUGGGGCAGCAAACGUCCCAGCUCCACCUUCGAUUCCAACUUUGGCUGAUAGAUUGCACAAUUAUCGGCAACACGUGGCUUUGGCCAAUGCGCAAAGUACUGUAGUGACGCACGCCUCGCAAGGUGCCACGACGACUUUGAUCGAACGUACCAGGAAUUUGCGCCACUGGCUGAGGCAGAACGGUACCGAGCCUGGCAACACUGAGGCCAGUCCUUCUCAGACGAAUCUUUAGUGUGUAUUUCCCCCAGACUGAUUAUUUAUUGUGAUAGAAAAUUGAUUUGUAGAAAACUAUUUGAUGUUAUUACUUCAUUGCCAAACCAGUGCCAAUGUAUGCGCAUGCGUUUUUUUUUUGGAUUCUAGUCAUAUAUAUAAUUUGCUCAACAAUCUAAAAGAUUCCUUAUAAAAUCUCUCUGCACUUUUGAUUGAAAAGCUACCAAAAUGUUGUAUAAUAAUAACUGUUAUUUUAAGCUCAUAUUGGUAUCUUGAUAACUGUAUGAAUAAAGUGGUACUUUGAUUGGGAUUUAAGUUAAAUAAAUAAAGUCUAUCCUGGUUAUUAAAUGAA